UAUUGAGACAAGGAAAUCACAAAUUAUUGGCCAUCUCCACAAUGGUAAACAAGAAACUACUUCCUUUGCUUCUCAUUUGCAUCGCGGUGGCUGUGGCUGUGAUCACAGACAUAGCCACCACCUCGGCAGCACCUAUAGCUGCCGAUGCGACCGUCGAUUGCCACACGGUGAUUAUAAGGCUGAAACCAUGUCUUGGCUACGUGUUAGGUGCCGGAAUUGUACCGUCAGUUUGCUGCAGUGGGAUUAAAUCUCUUUUCAUAGUUGCACAUACCAAAGCUGACCACCAGAGCAUUUGCAACUGCCUAAAGAGCCGUUAUGCCAGCGCUACAAGAGAACAAAUCAGCCGUGCUGCUAGAAUCCCUGGAAUAUGUAAGACCAAGGUUCCUGCCAAGAUUAGUAAAGAUGUUGAUUGCUCAAAGAUCAAUUAAGAGACUCCUUGUGAGUGGAAUAAAUGAUAAUUCUAGCUGUUGCGUUAACCUAUUUAAUUUUUUUUUUUUUUUGAGAGUUCAUGUGUUGCAUCUAAGUUGCUUACAAUUGUAUUGUAUCGUAUUGUUACUUUAAAUACAAUAUUUGUUUUUAUUGUUACUUAAAUUUUAUUGUAUUGUAUUGUUAAAUCUAUCGUUUCGUUAUGACGAAAAGUGUCACUUAAUGGAACGAUGGAUUUAGUUUGGUGA